AUGUUAUCUACCACUCUCAUUCUUCCUUUCUUGUUGCCUGCAGCCCACGCUCAACUCAACACACUGGCCAUUGCUGCGGGCUUAAAAUACUUCGGAUCGGCGACAGACAACCACGAAUUGGACGAUGCGCCAUAUGUUGCGAUCCUCUCCGAUACCACCGAGUUCUCGAUGAUAACCGUUGGAAACGCUCAAAAGUGGGAUACGAUUGGAAAGUCCCAGGAUGGGUUCUCUUUCGAAAACGCCGAUCAAAUUGCGAACUUGGUCGCUGGGAAUGGUCAAACAUUGCGUUGCCACACUUUGGUCUGGUACAACCAGUUGCCAUCAUGGGUGUCUCAAGGAACUUGGACGCGGGAAACCCUCCAGAAGGUCUUGGUGGACCACAUCACUGGGGUGGUGACACAGUACAAGGGACAGUGCUACGCAUGGGACGUGGUAAACGAAGCCUUCGACGACACUGAAGCUGCUGCACAUCGGGACAGCCCAUUCUACAAAGCCAUGGGCGAGGACUACAUCAAGAUUGCCUUUGAGACUGCCCGGGCUGCCGACCCAGAUACCAAGCUCUACUACAACGACUACAACAUCGAAUUUGACGGAUCCAAGCAACAGGCUGCCCUUGCCUUGGUCACUCAGAUGGUCAACGAAGGAACCCCAAUCGAUGGUGUUGGAGCACAGGGGCACUACAUCUCGGGUAAAAUGCCUAGCACCGAAAACAUCGUGGCCAACUUCGAGAAAUACGCUGCGCUGGGACUCGAAGUUGCAAUCACCGAGUUGGACAUCCGCAUCGAACUUCCCGGUACUCCUGACAAGCUCGAGCAACAAGCCCUUGAUUACGCUGAGGCUAUCAAGACUUGCUUAGAUGCCUCUGCCUGUAUCGGCAUCACCAUCUGGGAUUACACUGACAAAUACUCCUGGGUCGAUGCCACGUUCCAGGGUUAUGGACAGGCUCUCCUCUGGGACGCCGAUCUCCAGAAGAAGCCCGCGUACGACGCUGUGGCCCAAGUCUUUUCUUCCAGAGCCAACAAUGGCUCCACGCCCGAUCCAAUAACGCCCGAUCCAACAACGCCCGAUCCAACAACGCCCGAUCCAACAACGCCCGAGAAAAAGCCAGACACCGGUUCCCGCUUCACCACUUCAUACGGUUCAGCCCCCACGAACCCUCCUACCAACGGGUAUCCUGUUAACCCUCGUCCCGGUUACGACCUACCAGUGGAGAGUGGAAAAGAACGCCCAUACAAGGAGGACGAGACGGAAACCCCAACAAAGAAGGAGGGCGAGAAAGGUACCCCCACCAAGGAGGGCGAGAAAGGAACCCCAUCCAACGCCCCAUCCAAGCAGGGCGAGAAGGAAAGCCCCUACAAGCAGAACGAGAAGGAGACCUCAAAAAAGGAGGGCGAGACAGGAAAUCCAUCCAAGGAGGGCGAGAAAGAAAGCCAAUACAAGGAGAACGAGACCCCAACAAAGAAGGAAGGCGAGAAAGAAACCUCCACCAAGGAGGGCGAGACAGGAACCCCAUCCAACACCCCGUCCAAGAAGGGCGAGAAAGAAAGCUCCUACAAGCAGAACGAGAAGGAGACCUCGAAAAAGGAGGGCGAGACAGGAAACCCAUCCAAGGAGGGCGAGAAAGAAAGCCCCUACAAGCAGAACGAGAAGGAAACCUCAAAGAAGGAGGGCGAGACAGGAAACCCAUCCAAGGAGGGCGAGAAAGAAAGCCAAUACAAGCAGAACGAGAAGGAGAGCUCAAAAAACGAGGGCGAGACCGGAAACCCAUCCAAGGAGGGCGAGAAAGAAAGCUCCUACAAGCAGAACGAGAAGGAAACCUCCAAAAAGGAGGGCGAGAAGGAAACCUCAAAGAAGGAGGGCGAGAAGGAAAGCCAAUACAAGGAGAACGAGAAGGAAACCUCGAAAAAGGAGGGCGAGAAGGAAACGUCCAAGAAGGAGGGCGAGACAGGAACCCCAUCCAAGGAGGGCGAGAAGGAAAGCUCCUACAAGCAGAACGAGAAGGAGGGCUCCAAAAACGAGGGCGAGACGGGAAACCCCUCCAAAGAGAAGGACCAAGAAAGCCCCUACAAGCAGGACGAGAGCCAGACGCCCACCAAGACGGAGGGCGAGACCGGCACCCCCACCAAGGAGGGCGGCGAGACCGGAACCCCCUCCAACGCCCCAUCCAAGCAGGGCGAGAAGGAAAGCUCCUACAGGCAGGACGACCAGGGAACCCCCAUCAAGAAGGGCGGCGGCAGCGGAGAGGCCUGCACUUGA